CUUGGAGCCUGCUUCCAAUUCUGUGUCUUCCUCUCUCUCUGCCCCUCCCCUGCUCAUGCUCUGUCUCUCUUUCUCUCAAAAAUUAAUAAACAUUUUUUAAAAAAGGGAUUUACUUUGUAUAUAAGGAGGAAGCACAUAAACUUUUUGAGUAAAUAUUUCCCAGGCAUUAAGUGUGAAGAAGUGUCCUCAAACAUCGAUGGGUCUUCCUCUCCUGUCCUUCUCCAGAGUAUGGACCCAGUGAAUGGUCAUCUUCCUAAGGAAAUGUAGGAGAUAUAAAAGGCAUAGCUAGAAAACUUAAAAAAAAUAUCUUCUUAUUUGCAAAGAGUAAUGCUCACCUAAGGGUCAUUGUGCAGAUCAUUGUGUUAACACAUAUGAAGUGUUUAGAGCAAUACAUAGUAAGUGCUUUCUGUUUGCUUUUGUAUCAUGAGUUAAUAUGUAGCACGGUCAAUUUCUAAAAGGUAAUUCUGAGCAUAACAUACUUUUGUAUAUGAAAAACACUGCAGGCGCACCUGGCUGGCUCGGUUGGAAGAGCAUGUGACUCUUGAUCUUGGGGCAUGAGUUCAAGCCCUGCAUUUGGUGUAGAGAUUACAUACAUAAACUAACUUUAAAAAAAAAGAAAAAAGAAAAACACUAUAGUGUCUACCAAGUGUCUAUAGGAAAUAUAAACACUUGCUCCAAGGUCUGUUGCUGCCUGUGCCCAGGGCAUCUGUUCUCUUUGGCCUCUUUUGUCUCGCUGAACUUUUUGCAGUUUCUUGAAGCCAGUAUGGUACUUAACACUUUUUUUUUUUUAACUUUAUUUAUUUUGAGAGAAAAAGAAAGAGCACAAGCAGGAGAGGGGGAGAGAGAGGAUCCCAAGCAGGCUCAGCGCUGUUCGCACAAAGCCCAACCUGGGGCUUGAACCCACGAACCGUGAGAUUGUGACCUGAGCUGAAAUCAAGAGUCAGCUGUUCCACUGACCGAGCCACCCAGGCUCCCCAGGAUUUUACACUUUGAACUCGUCCUCCCUUUGGAAGACCCGUGGCUCCCACCUCUUCUAGCUCCUACUGUGGGACACACCACUGAACAUACCGGAUGUAGCUCUAGCUUGACCACUUCUUCGGGACUGUUAUUUCUCCACCUACUUGUGCCCAUGUUUUGACUUGAGUAUACUUCUGUCGUAACCCUUAAACCAUAAUGUCUUCCCAUAUGUCACCUCUGUCAAGGAGUGUACUUGCCACUCUGCACUAUCAGAAGCUACAUGAAGGCUGGAUUAUGCUUUAUUUCCUUUUUUAGUGCAUAUGUAUUCCUAUUACAGCUCCGCGCUGUCAGCACAGAGCCGACUCGGGGCUUGAUCUCACAAACCGUGAGAUCAUGACCCGAGCUGAGCUCAAGAGUCGGACACUUAACCAACUGAGCCUCCCAGGCGCCUCAACAUUAAACACUCCUAAGGGCUUAGUGUCAUUCAGUGAUGUGGCUGUGGAUUUCACCUGCGAAGAAUGGGAGCUACUAGAUACUGUUCAGAAGAACCUCUACCGGGAUGUGAUGUUGGAAAAUUACAGCAACCUAAUGUCAUUGGGUUAUCACGCUCCCUGGCCAGAAGCAACGGUUCCUGUGGAGAAAGGAGCGCAAGGACUGGUAGAGAGAGAAUUCCCAAGUUCAUGUAGUCCAGAAAGACCCCUUCAGUGUUUCUCAAGAGGAAUACGUUUGAAACAAUAUUCAGAUUCAAAACUUCAGAAUAAAAAUUCUGCAGAAAUGAAUUCCAAUGAAUUAAGUGGCCAUGGGAAAUCAUUUUUCCAUACUCUACAUGAAACCUGCCAUACCUCAGCCCAGUACAGUGAACAUAAUUUCUGUGUGAAGACUUUCAGCACGGUGAAAAAUCUCAAAAGACAUCACAGAAUUCACACAGAAGGAAAACCUUAUGAAUGCAGUGAAUGUCCCAAAUCCUUCAGGUAUAAGUCAAAGCUCAUAAUACACCAGAGAACUCAUACAGGAGAGAAGCCGUACAGAUGCCCUGAAUGUCAGAAAGCUUUCAGUACAAAAUGUCAUCUUACUCUGCACCAGAGAACUCAUACAGGAGAGAAACCGUAUGGAUGUUUUGAGUGUCCAAAGUCUUUCAGAACAAAGUAUCAUCUCAUUUUACACCACAGGACUCACACAGGAGAGAAACCCUAUGAAUGCAAAGAGUGUGGCAAAGCCUACAGAGAGAAGACAAAGCUCAGGUUGCAUUACCGCACACACACAGGAGAGAAACCUUUUGAGUGUAGUGACUGUGGGAAAGGUUUCAUGCAGAAGUCAAACCUACUUAUCCAUCAAAGAACUCAUACAGGAGACAGACCCUAUGCAUGUAAAGAAUGUGAAAAGACCUUCUGCAGUAAGUCUCAGCUUGUUGUUCACCAGCGAACUCACACACGAGAACAAUCAUACGAGUGCAAGGAAUGUGGGAAAGCCUUCAGUAAAAACUCACAUCUCCUGACACAUCAGAGAAUUCAUAUAGGAGAGAAGCCUUAUGAAUGCAAUGAGUGUGGAAAAGCUUUCGUACACACAUCACAGCUCAUUGUACAUCAGAGAAAUCAUACAGGAAGAAAACCUUAUGAGUGUAAGGAAUGUGGGAAAGCCUUCAGUAAAAAGUCACACUUCAUAACACAUCAGAGAAUCCAUACGGGAGAGAAGCCUUAUGAAUGCAGUGAAUGUGGAAAAGCAUUUAUAGACAACUCCCAGCUUAUCGUUCAUCGAAGAACUCACACAGGAGAAAAACCUUAUGAGUGCAAGGAAUGUGGGAAAGCCUUUAAUAAAAAGUCAUCCCUCAUAACACAUCAGAGAAUUCAUACAGGAGAGAAGCCUUAUGAAUGCAGUGAGUGUGGAAAAGCCUUCAUAGACAAGUCACAUCUCAUUGUCCAUCAGCGAACUCAUACGGGAGAGAACCCUAUGAAUGCGGUGAGUGUGGAAAAGCUUUCAUACGAAAGGCAAUGCUCAUUGUCCAUCACAGAACGCAUACAGGAGAGAAACCCUUUGUAUGUGUCGAAUGCCAGAAAGCCUUUAGUAGUAUGGCAAUGCUCAGUAGACAUCAGUUGAUUCACACAGGAGAGAAACCCCAUGGAUGCAAUGAAUGUGGAAAAGCUUUCCGCCAAAAAAGCCAUCUUAUUAUCCAUCAACGGUGCCAUACUGGAGAGAAACCCUAUGGGUGUGUUCCAUGUGGUCAGAUCUUCA